UUGGGGGAAAUAAUAAAAUCCAUUUGAUUUCCGUUGUUUCUCCGUCAAAGAACCGUGGAGAUUUUUACCAUUAUGAAGAAGUGCAAGCCAUAAAGAGAUUGACCGAGAAACGCAAUCCAAAUCGUGGCACACUAGUUUUCUCUUUCGCCACACAAAUCCUCAAUUCUGGCUCCCAUUUGAUCCUCAUGAAUCAUCAUUAUCAUGUAAAUCAACCCAUUUCUGCACCAUAUGGCUGCCGCUGACAACACCAACACCAACCCCAAGGAUUAUUACAAAGUGCUGGAGAUUGAUUAUGAUGCAACGGAUGAAGAUAUUAGAUUAAAUUACCGAAGACUCGCCCUGAAAUGGCAUCCCGACAAACACAUCGAUGAUACUUCUGUUACUGCACAAUUUCAACAGAUAAAUGAAGCUUACACUGUAUUGAGCGAUCCUGUCAAGCGUCUUGACUAUGAUUUAACAGGGGCAUGUGUGAUUGACAAGUACAGCUUGCAGGAAUAUCUGGCCAGAUUUAAAGGAAUGAUUCUCACCUGCAAUGGACUUGGUAUCAACCAUGAAGACAGAUGGUCACAACAAUUGACUGAAGGUUUUGAACCUCUAGAUAAAUAAGGUAAUAUGCCGCCUUUCACUUGUAUAUUUGAUCACAAUCCCUUAAUGUUUGAAUUAGCAAUGGGAUUAGAAUUGCAAGGAUGCUUUUUCCGGGCUCCGAUACUGGUGAACAAAAGAAGCUAUCAGAUAGGCAGAUUACUCAUAUGGAUUUGCUGCAGCAACAAUUCUUAGUCACAGAUGUCAAAAAUUUAAGCUUACGGACUGCUUGAUUCCCUUUUCAAAAACCGCUUUUAGUGGUUUCGAAAACUAAAAAAUGUAGUUGUUGCUUUUGAAUUCUCUUUUUCACUUUGUAAAAGCCCAAACUAGAAAACACACGGAGAAGAGCAGAUUUUUACUAAUGUCACAUUGCUAAUUUUUUUC